AUGGGGCAUAUGACUCAGAAUUGCAGAGUACUGAAGCAACACCUGGAGGACCUAGUAGCAGCUGGACACCUCCGAGACUACAUUGAUCAGGAUAAAGUAGUGGCCGAACCGAGGAACCCACCACAAGAACCGAACAACGAGCACCCACCUCGAUUGGUAAUAAAUGUGAUUCAUGGAACAACGACCCAAAAGCGCGAAGAGGCACUAGAAGAAGAAAUUGCUAAGGCUGUGCAAAUUCAGCAGGUCAUGAAAUGGUUUGACGUAAAACGAGUCCUAGUAGAUCAAGGCAAUGUAGCAGACAUAUUGUAUUAUGACUUGUUCAGAAAGCUCGGUCUCUCUGAGCAACACCUCACCCCAGCUGCAGCUCCCUUAGUCGGCUUCAAUUCACAGCCAGAGUGGCCACUUGGCAGAAUAGUGUUGCCGGCUAUGGCAGGAACGAAAACCCUCCAGAUAGAGUUUUUAGUUAUUAACACGCAUUCUCCUUACAACGCCAUACUCGGCCGACCAUGGAUUCACCAAAUGGAGGCAGUCCCUUCAACCUACCACCAGCUCAUCCAUUUCCCAACGGAACACGGAGUAGAGCAGAUCGCAGGGGACCAAGUUGCGUCCAAACAUUAUUUCAUGGCAACAAUGAAGGCUAAAUAA